UGCCGUCAGCGCUGCCUGUCCGCUCCGCCACAGCCCACUCCCGCCUUUCUUUCUUUGCUCCGCUCACUGCGCGGUCUCGGACGUUUCUGUUCCGUACCGAGCGGGAGCGGCGGGCGGGAGAGCGCGGAUAUCAAAAUGAGUUGCAUGCUGACCUAUGCUGUCAGAAACCUCCCUGCUUCCUCAGCUUGGGCUGCCAGGGGCUUUGCUCGAUCGCUCAGCUGCUCUCCGCCGUUACAAGCUGCAGUCCAGCCAAAGAGUAAGAAGACCUUAGCCAAAACCGGUGUGAAGAAUGUUGUUGUGGUGGAGGGUGUCCGUAUUCCCUUUUUGCAAUCUGGCACCACGUAUGCAGAUCUUAUGCCACAUGACCUAGCAAGAGCAGCACUGCAGGGGUUACUGAACCGGACCAGCGUCCCAAGGGAUGUUGUGGAUUACAUUGUUUAUGGCACAGUUAUCCAGGAGGUGAAAACGAGUAAUGUGGCCAGAGAGGCUGCCUUGGGAGCUGGUUUCUCUGACAAAACUCCAGCCCAUACAGUCACCAUGGCUUGCAUUUCUUCAAACCAGGCUAUGACCACAGGCCUGGGUAUGAUCGCGGCUGGGCAGUGCGACGUCGUCGUAGCGGGGGGCGUGGAGUUAAUGUCAGAUGUUCCCAUUCGACACAGUAGGAAGAUGAGGAAGACGAUGCUGACUCUUAACCGAGCCAAGACCUUGGGCCAAAAGCUCAGCCUGAUUGCCAAAAUUCGCCCUGACUACUUUGCUCCUGAGCUCCCAGCUGUGGCAGAGUUCUCCACCAGCGAGACCAUGGGGCACUCUGCUGAUCGUUUGGCUGCUGCCUUUGCCAUAUCCCGUUUGGAGCAGGAUGAAUAUGCCCUCCGUUCACACACCCUAGCUAAGAAAGCCCAGGAGGGAGGGAUGCUAACAGAUGUGGUACCCUUCAAAGUGCCAGGCAAAGAAACAGUUACCAAAGAUAACGGGAUCCGUCCUUCCUCAUUGGAGCAGAUGGGCAAGCUGAAGCCGGCUUUUGUCAAGCCCUACGGAACCGUCACAGCUGCCAACUCCUCCUUCCUGACGGAUGGCGCUUCGGCAGUUCUGCUCAUGUCUGAGGAGAAGGCUCUGGCGCUGGGCUACAAACCGAAGGCCUACCUAAGGGACUUCAUGUAUGUGUCCCAAGAUCCAAAGGACCAGCUGCUACUGGGUCCAACCUAUGCUACUCCCAAAGUGCUGGAGAAGGCGGGUCUGACCAUGGCUGAUAUUGACGUGUUUGAAUUCCAUGAAGCUUUUGCUGGGCAGAUCCUGGCUAACCUGAAGGCUAUGGAUUCAGACUGGUUUGCACAAAACUACAUGGGCAGGAAGUCGAAGGUUGGAGCCCCUCCUCUGGAGAAGUUCAAUACCUGGGGCGGCUCCCUCUCGCUGGGCCAUCCUUUCGGUGCCACUGGCUGCCGGCUGGUCAUUACUGCUGCCCACAGGUUGAAGAAGGAGGGAGGACAGUACGGCCUGGUUGCUGCCUGUGCAGCAGGAGGGCAGGGGCACGCGAUGUUAGUGGAGCUUUACCCUCAGUAGUGGGACAAGGGACUGCUGAGGGGGUAUUCAUCCAUCCUGUGCCUGGCAGUGCCAUUUCAAUGCACUAAUAAAAACAUCCUACAACCCUUCUCAGAAAGGGUUUUUGGUGGCCUUUAUAAAUAAAUUCCUUUUAGCUACUCAGCUGGUAAUUUUCAACUAAUGAAUGUGCUCUAAGAAAUAUUCCACUUCCAGGAGAGUAGAAGUUAAGGUAGCUUUUAGCCUCUUGUGCCUCCUUGUAACCUCUGUGAUUCCUAUCGCAACUCUUCAGUACACAGGAUUUCUCUCCCCAUGGAGAAGAGGGAUGAUUCCAAAGCCGUGUAUGGAGAAUUAAAUUUGGGAAUAAGGAGAAUGCAAGGUACUGGAGGUCGGUGGGCUGAGGUGGAAUUAAUGUGGGGAGUAACAACUGUUUUCAGGAAUGGGUUCAGACUGAGUUGGCCGAUCUGGUUUUGGAGGAGGAGGUUUGCUGCAUGAUGUCCAGACAGCACUGGAAUUAGCAAAUCACUUCUGAACAAACAAGUGUCGCUGAUGUUAACCACAAUAAAUCAGGAAAUAAAAUAG